AAAAUGGUUUAGUGUUUAUAUGCUUAAAAAGAAAUUAAAUAAAACGAUCUAUAUUCGUACAGAAAAAUAAUUUUUGUGGGAACUUGAGUGUUCGAAAUUAUUUAAAAAAAAUAUAAAACAAUUAUGAUAGAUUACGACAAAACUGGACGACGGAACAUUAGUUCAGCAUUCAAAUGUGUAAUCUGGUGAGUUUAGGUUAGUUUCUUACGUGACCAUUCAAUUUUCACCACAAAAUACACGCACACAAAGACUCAACAAUGUGCUACGUGUUUUUUUUUUCUGAAUUGCAACAAGGGUGCUUAUCAACAACUGCACAUACGCGCUCCACUAUUACGAUCUCGUCUAUGCUGCCUCAUUCAUCACAAAACAGAAACACGCUCACAUGUGAUCGUAUUGAUGAGAUUCAAAAAUGAACCGAAAACAUCUGGACUUGAGACCGGUUAGUUGAAAAGCAAACGAAAAAACACAUUUGUUUUCUCUAAGUGAAUAAGUUAGCAUAGUGAAUGAAUAUGUUGGCUGUUUAUGUUGUGAUAUUAUUAGUGUUGCAAGAUCAAUUGAUAACAUCAGAAUCAAUGGAUCCCAACGACCAUUCAUCAUCUAAAUCUUUCAUCGAAUUUUACGAUCAAGGCGUUCAAAGUUACUUAUCGGGCGAAUAUGACGAUUGUGUAUAUUUGUUAGAAAUGGCGCUGGACAAGUACAGAAACUAUUACGAGUCCAUUUCAAACUGUAGAAUAGAAUGUGAAUACGAAAACAGGGAUAUAAAAAAUAAAGGAGACUUUCUCUAUUCCAACGAUAUUGAAGAUCUACGUUUCUAUGAAUUAAUACUGAAACGUACUCUGUGUCUGGCAAAAUGUCGUAGAAGAAACAUUAAAUACUUUCCUUUCGAAGAGGAUUUUGAUGGAUAUUUAAUGGAAUUAUUUAAAACAGGGUAUGCAUAUUCAUACCUAUAUGCAUGUUACACUAAGACAAACCAGCCAACAUUGGCUGCUUCUGCAGCACUAACGUAUCUUGUAAAAAAUCCCGCUGAUGAUCUGAUGAAAAAGAACUUUGCACUGGCUAUGGAGAAAACAGGCGUUGAUGCAGACGAAGUUGUGGACCUCGAAGAAAAGAAAUUUGUAAAGUUGUUUGUCUUAGGAAUUCUCGCCAUAAAUGCAAAGGAAUGGCAAAAAGUGAUCACAUUGUUGGAAAGUUCCAUAAUGCAGUUUAUUUUCGAUGAAAAUCAGUGCAGAGCGUUCUGUGAAGGUGAAUUUGAUCAUGGAUUCAUACCUGAUUUCAUAUCGUCCAUUGGAAAUCAUUUCACAAAUACAUUAUACUGCAAAAGAAAUUGUACGCGAAAUAUGGAAAUGGUUCGAGGCAAGUACUAUAAAAAUUUAUUUUCUGAACACUAUCGAUAUCUUCAGUUGGCUUAUCUAGAUGACAAACAAUACGAAGAAUCUUAUCGUGCGGGGUUGAGCUAUUUGGUCUUCAAUGAAGGUGACUCUGACAUGUUGAAUGCUUUGAAAGACAUGGAAGAAGAUACCAAGAUAACCUUGAACGACAAUUUCUUCAAAGUUCGUCGGGAAGCUGAUGAAUAUUACAACAGAAUGGCGUAUGAAGAAAAAAUAAUAGACUUUAUACGGACAGAAUUCGAUGAGAAUGAAGAUAAACACGGAAAUAGUACAAAUGACUUACCCAAUCUAAAUGAUUCUGCUGCCGCUGAUCAAGAACAAGACGAGGAUGAAAAACAUGAGGAGGAAUGGCGCCAAACAGGAACAGUGCAGCAGGAACCGAACAAAAAUUACCUACGUGAUGAGCUUUGAAUUAUUUUCACAUCACUGCCUUCCUUCCUUUCUUGUUUGUAUCAAGGAGACUUUAAACAUUGCAGUUUAUUCGCCUCCAAAGACAACACUGCCGGUAUAGAUAUUUUUGAAUCAUUGGUCAACAUGAAGUAUAAUUACGGGAAUUGCAUGAACAGAGAAAACGGGAAUUUGAAGUAUACAUUUUUGUCAUUUAUUUUUUUCUCUAUAUUUAAUCCCACCAACUCGCAGGAGUCAAAAUAUUCAACCUGAAUGAAUCCAAUGUACAACUCGCAUAUUUAAUCGAUUCAGUAAUAAAGAUCUAUAAGUGACAAAUAAAUCAUUACCUUAUAAUAUUUCACAAAUUAGCAUUUCUAACAAGAUACCUCUAUUUAUUCUUCUCACUUGACAAGAGAAACUCUACGAAUAAUUCUUCAAAAAUCAAAACUUAGGCUAUGUUGCACGGUAAAUUUACAAAAUCUCAAUACUCCGAAUUAUUCGACUUGUUUGCCUCGGUUAAAACAUCCAACAAUCACAGCUAAUCUAUAGUUUUUUUUUCUUGCCUUAGCUUAGCUAUUUGUAGAGUUCGCUUUAUUCCGCUUUUUUUGCUGAUCACAAAUGUUUACUCAAAUGGCAAUGAACAAUAUUCAAUGUUACAGCUAUGAAACUCACACUCUAAAAUGGGAAGCAGUCUGGUAUAGAACAAAGAACACAAGUAUCAUGAAAUUAAAUACUCGUUAAAUAAUGGUGAUCCUUUCCUGAUUUGGAGAAUAGAGAGGUAGAGAUGCGUUGCCAUUCUACAGUUAAGCGAUGGUAAAAUAAUUCCCGAUUGUCUAAAAACUAGGAAAUUAUUCACCACUAGUCAAAUAGUACCGGCUUACAUUUCAAAAAAGGCUGAAAUAUGUAUAUCAUGACCGUUACACCAAAACCAAAUACUUGUAUACUAGACACUCUGUUUUUUGAAAUAAUAAAUAACCUUUGAAGUGGUGUACA